AUGUCGAUGCUCACAAUCAACGACACCUUGCCGUUACCCAACUCCUCUGUCCGCAUACCCCGCCUUGGGUUCGGCGUCUACCAGUCUCCUGCUUCUGUCUGCGUACAAUCAUGUCUCUCUGCGCUACAAGCCGGGUACAGGCAUAUUGACACCGCGCAAUUUUACGCCAACGAAAACGAAGUCGGCGAGGCUGUGCGAAAGUCCGGUUUGCCACGAUCCGAGGUGUUCAUCACCACCAAAAUCCUCUCCGCCGGCGGUAGCGUGGAGAAAUCCUACCAGAAAUGUCUCGACAGUGUGGAAAAGAUUGAUCCCGGCCACGACGGCUACGUCGACCUGUUCCUGAUACACAGCCCCAACGCAGGGAGCGCGAAGCGGAAAGAGAUGUGGCAAGCACUGGAGAAACUGUAUGAGACGGGCAAGGUCAAGAGUAUAGGAGUGAGCAAUUUCGGAGUCGGGCAUAUCGAGGAGUUGAAGGAGUACGCAAAGGUCUGGCCGCCGCACGUCAAUCAGAUCGAGCUUCAUCCGUUUUGUCAGCAGCGAACGUGUGUUGAGUAUUGCCAGAAGAAUGGGAUCGUUGUCGAAGCAUACUCGCCACUGGUCCGGAACUACAAAUCCAACGAUGAGACACUGGUCUCCCUGGCCAAGAAGCACAGCAAGACCACUGCACAGAUCCUCAUCCGAUAUUGUCUGCAGAAGGAUUGGGUGCCGCUGCCCAAGAGUGACAACCCUGACAGGAUCAAGCAGAACGCAGAUGUGUAUGAUUUCCAGCUUUCACAAGAAGACAUGGGCAGUCUGGAUGGCUUGGACCAGGGUGAUGGUGGCGCGAUUGUGCAAGCCGUGCGAAACUCAUGA